UGCCGAGUAAACACGUUGUUCCGCAAGUGAACCUACCGCUUGCUGAAAUCAUUGAAAGUAUGUCGAAACCAAUAGUGUUUGUAACCGGAAACGCAAAGAAGCUGGAGGAAUUCGUGGCCAUCUUGGGGAAGAAUUUUCCACGAGAAAUCACCAGCCAAAAGAUUGAUCUUCCAGAAUAUCAGGGAGAAAUCGAUGAUAUUUGUCGAAACAAAUGUAAAGCAGCAGCUAAUUUAAUAAAAGGCCCAAUAAUCAUCGAAGACACAUGUUUGUGUUUUAAUUCGAUGAAAGGUUUGCCUGGACCUUACAUCAAAUGGUUCUUAGAAAAACUAGGACCAGAAGGUCUUUACCAAAUGUUACACGGUUGGGAAGAUAAAUCAGCGGAGGCGGUUUGCACCUUCGCUUAUUGCAAUGGAGAACCGGAAGAUCCGGUAAUAUUGUUUCAGGGUCGAACUCAAGGAACCAUCGUGAGUCCUCGAGGACCACGAGACUUUGGUUGGGACCCCUGUUUCCAACCCCUGGACAACGACAAAACUUAUGCAGAAUUACCAAAAGAAGUGAAGAAUCAAAUUUCUCAUCGAAGCAAAGCGCUGGAAAAAUUAAAAGAAUAUUUUAUGAAAAAUACUCAAUGAUGUUCCGGGGGAAACAGUAUUAAUUUAUUUCUAUAUAUAUUUAUAGUAAUUACUGUGUAUUUUAUUUAAUAAAUGAUUAAGUAUCACUGAAAAACACGGUCAGCAUGUUGACCCAGCAAAUAUUCUUGUCAUUAUCAAAUUAACGUUAAAAACAUAUUCGGAUGAUAGUCGAUGGACCCUGUUUUCAGUUUAAUAAUCUAAAUAUACAUACAAUGUUUAUUAUUGUAUCUACGUAAUUUCCUCAUUUUGGAUUCUAAUUGUAAUUUAUAGA